GGCGCCGUGUCGCUCCUCGACGUCGCGUCGGCGGGCCUGGGCGUCUCCUGCUCGCUCUGGUGGCUCGCGGCGCGGCGCGCGUCCUACGCCUGGGUGCUCCAGGACACGUUCGGCAUGUGCCUCUGCGUGCUCUUCCUCAACGUGAUCAAGCUCAACAGUCUGAGGGUCGCGGCGAUGCUGCUAUCCAUGGCGUUCUGCUACGACAUCUUCUUCGUCUUCCUGAGCCCCUACUUCUUCGAGGAGUCGAUCAUGGUCAAGGUGGCCACGGGCAAGGGGCCGUCGAAGGACGCGGACUAUUGCGAGAAGUACCCGGCCGACGACGACUGCCAGUCGACGCAGCUGCCCAUGCUGCUCAUGCUGCCGCGCUUCGGCGAGGUGGGGGGCGGCUACACCAUGCUCGGCCUCGGCGACAUCGUCCUGCCGGGCCUGCUCGUGUCCUUCGCGGCGCGCUACGACGCCGCGGCCGCGGCCGCGCACGGCACGCGGCUGCCCAAGUACUUUUUGCUCAUGGUCGCGGGCUACGCGGCGGGCCUGGCCAUGGCGAACGUCGCCGUCGCCGUCUUCCAGCUCGGCCAGCCGGCCCUGCUCUACCUCGUCCCCUGCACGCUCGGCGUCUUCCUCCUCUACGCGCGGUCCGAGGGCACGCUCCCCAUGUUCUGGCGCGGGCCGCCG